CGAUUCAGUUACCACCAAUGUGAGUCCAAAGAAGAAUAUUAUUACAAAAAUUAUGAAACAUACUUAAAAGUCAUUUCGGAUAUCGUAUUAUUAGCUACGGUCAAAAAGUUCAGUACUAGCGUUUUUUACUUUGUUUUGUUUUACACCGAUUUUGAAAGUGGUAUACGAACGAGAUUCGAUAAAGUGCGAAUUAUUCGUUAUAAAACCUUCGUUAAGGGUUUCGACCCCUAUAUUUUCUUUACAAAGAAACUAUUUUUGAAAGUACACCAUGAAUCGACAUCAAGAACAAAUCACCACCACUUCCGAGCAAAGGAGUAUUAGUCGCACUGAACAGCAAAUUACUAGACAGAUGACACAGACUAUGCAAAGACAAGUUCAUGAAGGCUUCAUUGUGCAACAGUCCAUUCCUAGAUUUGGAAAUGAUGCUGCACCACCAGUAUUUGAACAAAUUUUUAAAAAUGCUAGAUUUGCACAAGGUGGGAAUGCAGUCUUUGAAGGAAAGGUAACGGGCAUUCCUAAACCUUUUGUGUCAUGGACCAGAAAAGGGGCUCCUUUAUUAGAAUCUUUCAAGUACCAAAUGAGGUAUGAUCAACAAACGGGGAAUGUUGUUCUUACAAUUAAUCAUAUUGGACCUGGAGAUGAAGGUGAAUACACAUGUUCUGCUCGCAAUCAGUAUGGAGAAGCUAUUUGCUCUGUUUUUAUUCAACCAGAAGGACAUACAGUACAAAUACCUCUUAACACCUAUGGUUCACAAAGAGUUCAGCAAUCACAAAAUACUCAUUAUUCAAAUAAUUUUCAUACAUUUGAAGAAGAUUUUAAAGUUGAUACCUUUGAGUAUCGUUUACUUCGUGAAGUUUCUUUCAGACAAUCAGUUACCAAAAGAUACCUUGGGGAACAAGAUGUAAAAUUUACUAGUAGUGCUCAUCAAGGACCGAUUGUAGCACCUCAAGUGUUACAAAAGCCACGUAAUUCAAAAUUGGUUGAAGGAUCAAAUGCAACAUUUACAGUGAAAGUAUCAACAGCAAAAGACUUACGACUGACAUGGUUUAGAAAUGGACAAAGGCUUGUUAAUGGACCAAAACAUCAGAUUAAUUUUACUAACCAAAUAGCUACAUUAUAUAUUCCACAAGUACAAUGUGAAGAUAGCGGACAUUACACGUUACUUGUUGAAAAUCCACAAGGCUGUGUAGUAUCAUCUGCAUAUCUUGCAGUUGAACCAGCUCCAAUUAUAUAUGAACAUACAGAAGACAAAGAAAAUAUUAUAACCAAAACUCAUAAUAAAUUGGAGGCAAUAGAACCAGCUGAAGGUAAAGUGUUGGCACCAAACUUUGUUAGAGUUUGUGGUGAUCGUGAUGUAACUGAAGGAAAAAUGACUCGAUUUGAAGUUAGAGUAACUGGGAAACCAUAUCCCGAAGUUAAAUGGUAUAUAAAUGGUCGCCCAAUUAAGGAUGAUUCUACACAUAAAGUUUUAGUUAAUGAGUCUGGUGAUCACUCUUUAAUGAUAACUAAUGUAUCUCAAACUGAUGCAGGUCAAGUUGUCUGUGUUGCCCAAAGCAAAUCAGGAGAAACAUCUUUCCAAUGUAAAUUAGGUGUCAUUGAAAGGGAGUUAGUUGUAGCUCCAAAGUUUGUUCAACGUUUUGCUCCUGUCAAUGUGAAUGAAGGAGAACCAGUAACAUUGAGUGUAAGAGCAGUGGGCACACCUAUACCAAGAAUCACAUGGCAAAAGGAUGGUGUAAUGAUUAAUGAAAUACCUGGAAAGGUAUCUCUUUGGACUGAAGGAGGGGGAUCAGUGUUAGAAAUUGCACAUGCUUCUCUAGCAGAUGCUGGUUGGUAUCAAUGUACAGCUCAAAAUACUGCUGGAUCAACAGCUACUAGGGCUCGUUUAAAUGUUAUAAGAAAACCACAACCAAGUGACUAUGAAGAUCGGCGACUUAAAUUUCCAAAACCAACAAGAGUUAUUAAACCAGAAUCUGAGCCUGAACCUGAAGUGGUCUUCUUAAAACAUGUUGAAAGAGCUAAACCUCAAGCUCCAAAAGUUGAAGAAGAUAGAAUUUAUCCUCCACCACGAUUUAUUGUUCCAUUGGCUAAUAUAUUACAAAAUGAAGAUGCACGUAUUCAUUUUGAAGCUAGAAUUGAACCUGUUGGUGAUCCAACAAUGGUUGUAGAGUGGUUUGUUAAUGAUUAUCCAUUAAAAGCUAGUUCCAGAAUAACAACUUUAUUUAAUUAUGGAUUCAUAGCUUUAGACAUAUUAAGUAUUAUACAGGAAGAUAUGGGAGAAUAUACUUGUAGAGUGACAAGUAGUUCUGGAACAGCUCAAUCUUCUGCUGUACUUAAUGUUCAAGCUCGAGAUGAAAUUGAUAAAUCUAGUCAAUAUCCUGAAAGCUUACAGUACAUUGAACAAUUAGAGGAUUAUUCCAAGUAUCAACGAACUGAUAGCUAUGAUGAAGCUCAGCCUAUACCACCUACAUUUGUACGACCUCUUCGUGACUUAGGUGAUUUGCAAGAAGGAAGGAAUGCUCACUUUGAAGCCCAGCUUAAUCCUGUGAGUGAUCCUACAAUGAAAGUUGAGUGGUAUAAAGAUGGAAAAUCGAUAACAGCAAGUUCACGUAUAACUUCUAUUUUUAACUUUGGGUAUGUGUCCUUAAAUAUUAUGCAUCUUCGUGCUGAAGAUAGUGGUGAAUACACAUUACGUGCCAUCAAUAGAUGGGGUGAAAUUAUAAGCAGAGCUAAACUUAAUGUUAUCGCUUUUAGCAACAACACAGGUGAUUUAGGAUAUCCAGAGCAACAAAGAUAUAUUGAAGAAACUCAGGCUUUAGAGCAAUCUUAUCAACAACAUAAAAAUCAUGAGUCUGUUGUACCAGAAAGUGUUGCUCCUCCGCAAUUUAAAACUCCCAUUAAAGAUCAAAUUAAUAUCAAAGAGGGUAGUUUUGCACACUUUGAAGCAAGAUUAGAGCCGUUGGGAGAUUCAACUUUACAAGUAGAGUGGCUAAAAGAUGGAAAACCUGUUGAAGCUAGCUCACGUAUGACUGUUUUCUUUAAUUUUGGCUAUGUUGCAUUGACGAUUAAGCAUGUAACUUCAUUUGAUAUUGGAACAUUUACAUGCAGAGCUUUUAAUAAUCUGGGUGAUGCAUCAACAUCAGCAGCAUUGACUGUUCUUACACGAAAAGAUGUUGUCAAAGAUAGCCAACAUCCUGGGGGAAUAGAGAAAUUUCAAUAUUUGGAAGAAUCUAAAAAAAAUAAGCGUAAAGCGGAAGAAGAGACUAUAAUUACUCAAAAGCCUAAAUUCCUUGGUCCAUUAAAAGGUACAAACAAAAUAGCUGAAGGCCAAAGAGCUCAUUUUGAAGUUCGAGUCGAACCACAAAAUGAUGUCACUAUGAAAAUUGAAUGGUAUUUCAAUGGUCGUUCGUUAAUGAGUGCUAAUAGAAUUCAAACUUACCAUGACUUUGGUUAUGUAGCUUUGGAUAUACUUGGGGUGCGAGCAGAUGAUUCUGGAACAUAUGUAGUUGUAGCUAGAAAUGCUAUUGGAGAAGCUCAAUUAUCUACAACUAUGCAAGUUGAAGUUCGAGCCAAUAUUGAUACAACUUCUAUGCAUCGUGGAGUUAUAGAAAAAGCUCCAUAUCUUGAAGCUAAAAAGUUUACUGAGCCUCAGUAUGAUAUUGAAGAAAUAUCCAAAUCAAAACCAAUUUUUAUUCAGCCAUUAUGUGAUCCGCAGCCAGUAAAUGAAGGUAAAAAUAUUCAUUUAGAAUGUCGUCUUGAACCUAUGGGAGAUCCAACUAUGCGUGUGGAAUGGUUUCAGAAUGGAAAACCAGUGACAGUUGGUUCACGGUUUCGUACUUAUUACGAUUUUGGUUAUGUAGCAUUGGAUAUUAUUCAUGUAACAUCAAUAGAUUCGGGAGAGUACACUGUUAGAGCUACAAACCAUUUAGGAUCUGCUCAUACAUCAGCAUGUGUUAAUGUUUUAUGUCGGUCUGGAAUUUUGACUGAGAGUCAGAAUGAAUAUGCUUUGGAACAAAUACAGUUAUUAGAAAAUACUUCAAGAUAUCAGCAUAAAAUGGUAAUUGACGAAGAAAGUGUUAUGCAAGCUCCUCAAUUCACUAAACCAUUACACAAUAUACAAACCAUGGAAGGUACUAAUGUUCAUUUAGAAUGUAGAUUAAAGCCGGUUGGUGAUUCAGCUAUGAAAGUUGAUUGGCUUGUAAAUGGUUAUCCUGUAAAAACUGGACAUAGAUUCCGACCAGCUUAUGAUUUUGAUUAUGUUGCGUUGGAUAUUUUGAGUGUGUAUCCUGAAGACUCUGGUAUAUAUACUUGUCAAGCAAGAAAUGAAAUGGGCGAAGCUGUGACUUCUAGUUCAGUUAAAGUUAGAGCCAAAAAAGAUUUAAUAUUAGAUUCUCAAAAUCCUAGUGGUUUGCAAAAGAUUCAAUACUUAGAAGAUUCAUCUAAAUAUAAGAAAGCAGAAAUGGUUGAUGAAGAAGUUAAAAUAAAACCUCAUUUUUUGACUAAACCAAAAAAUGUUGAAAAUUUAAAAGAAAGGCAGCAUGCACAUUUUGAAUGUAAACUAGAACCAGUUACUGAUUCUAAUCUUAAAGUUGAAUGGUUUAAAAAUGGAAAACCAAUAAUAAUAGGUCACAGAUUCAGACCAAUCCAUGAUUUUGGGUAUGUUGCAUUAGAUAUAAUUGACGUGAUUGAAGAAGAUUCAGGAACGUAUACAUGUCGUGCUAUUAAUUUAUUAGGUUCUGAUGAAACUAAUUGUCAUUUAUCAUGUAGAGGUUCAUCAGCUGUAGUUACUGAACCACAAAAUGAAAUGGGAAUUGAACAAAUACAAUAUCUUGAAGAGCGUGCCAGGUAUCAUAGACGAGAAGAUGUGGAAGAAACAACUACACAAGCACCAAUAUUUACUACAUCUUUAAAAAAUUGUGAUAUCAAAGAAGGUCAAAGAGCUCAUUUUGAGUGUAGACUUAUACCAGUGUCUGAUAGUACAAUGAAAGUUGAGUGGUUCCAUAAUAAUACCCCAAUAAAAUUUGGAUCACGAUUUACUGAAACAAAUAAUUUUGGAUUUGUUGCUCUGGAUAUUCUUCAAUGUUUACCUGAAGAUUCUGGUAUUUACACUUGUCGGGCUACUAAUAUACUAGGACAAUCCAUUACCUCUGGAAAUCUUAAUGUGCAAUCAAGAAAAUCAAUUUAUCUGGAAUCACAGCAUCAAGAAGCUUUGAGCCGUUUAUCUCAACUUGAAAAUAGUAAUCGUUACCAACGUUCUUCAGUUAUUGAAGAUGUAGUUACACAAGCUCCAGUUUUUACUCAACCAAUGAGAAAUUUAAAAACAGUUGAAAGUCAAUCCGCUCAUUUUGAAGCCAGAUUAAUACCUGUUGGUGACGAUAAGCUUAGAGUAGAAUGGUUGAGAAAUGGAAUUGCUAUUCAAGCAUCUAAUCGAGUGACAACUAUGCAUGAUUUUGGUUAUGUUGCUUUAAAUCUCAAAUAUGUGUACCCAGAAGACUCAGGUACUUACACUUGUCGUGCUGUCAAUGAAUUAGGACAAGCAGUCACUUCAGCUACAUUAGAUGUACAAUCAAAGGAUUCUCUUCAAUUAGAGAGUCAACAUGAGGCAACAUUGGCUAAACUAAGACAGCUUGAAGAACAUAGUAAAUAUCAACGGUUUGAAGAAAAGGAAAUUGAAGUGACUGAAGCUCCCAAAUUCAUUGUUGCUUUAAAUGGAACUGAAUAUAUAAUGGAAGGCCAAAGUGCACAUUAUGAAUGUCGCAUAGAACCAUAUCCAGAUAAUACAUUAAAAUUAGAAUGGUUACAUAAUGAAAAACCAUUACAAACUGGACAUCGAUUUAGAACUACAUAUGAUUUUGGGUUUGCAUCUUUAGAUGUUUUAUCAGCCUUACCAGAAGAUUCUGGAGAAUAUAUUUGUAGAGCAAUAAAUAAAAUUGGUCAAGCAGAAUCUUCUGUAAAAUUAGCAGUGCAAUCACGGGCUUCUAUUAUAAAUGAAACUCAGCACAAAGAAGCUUUACAAAAGAUACAGUACUUGGAGGAUGAUUCAAGGUAUAAGCGAGCUGCUGCUGAAGAAGUACUUUCUACUGAAAAACCUCAAUUUGGAAGACCACUUAAAAAUGUGGAACAUCUUCCAGAAGGUAAAAGUGUACACCUUGAAGCAACAUUGAUUCCUGUAAAUGAUCCAACCAUGAAAGUAGAAUGGUUCAGAAACGGAAUACCAAUUCCACAAGGUCAUAGAUUCAAGACAACUUAUGAUUUUGGAUUUGUUGCUUUGGAUGUACUAUAUGCAUACCCAGAAGAUUCGGGCACUUAUAUGUGCAAAGCUAAAAAUGCUUCUGGAGAAGCAGUAACAACUUGUAUUGUUACAGUUGACUCUAAGGAAGGACUUCAGCUAGAAACAUUAGAUGAGGACAGAUUGAAAAAAAUAAGACAACUAGAAACUUAUGAAAGACCAAUUGCUCAAGAAGCUGAAUUGGAAUUACAAAAACCAGUAUUUCUAACACCAUUAAAUAAUCUUCAAUUGAAGGAAGGAGAACAUGCACAUUUAGAAACAAGAAUAGAACCAAUUAAUGAUGCAGAUUUAAAAAUUGAAUGGUUUGUAAAUGGUGUUUCAAUUAAAACAGGUCACAGAUUCAAAACUACUCAUGAUUUUGGUUAUGUUGCUCUUGAUAUUCUUUAUGCUUAUGGAGAAGAAUCUGGUACUUAUAUGUGUAAAGCAACCAAUAAAAAGGGAGAAGCUGUCAAUACUUGUCAAAUUAAUGUUGCUUCUCGUAGAAGUAUUUAUCUUGAAACUCAACACCCUGAUGGUCUUGAAAAGAUUCGUGAACUUGAAGCUCAAGGACAUCCAGCUAAGCUUGAAAUUGCUGAACCACCACCAAUGGCACCAAUAUUAACGCAACUUUGGGGCACUACUGAAGUAGCUGAAGGAAAAACAGCCCAUUUUGAGUGUCAAGUUAAACCAAUACAUGAUUCAAAUUUAAAAAUAGAAUUUUUCCACAAUGACAAACCACUUGGUUCGGCUUCUCGUUUUCAUACUACCCAUGACUUUGGAUAUAUUUCAUUAGAUAUUGGCCAUGUGGUGCCUGAAGAUAAAGGAAAAUACACCGUAAAAGCUACCAAUGCUCUAGGACAAGCUAUAUCAACUAUUAAUCUAACUGUUAAUGGCAGUGAAAGUAUUAUUUUAGAUUCUCAAAGACCUGAAGGCUUAGAAAAAAUAAAGGAACUUGAAUUAGCAGUACCGUUUAAACGACCUGAUUAUCCUGAACCAAUAACUAAACAAAGACCAAUGUUUACUCAACCUUUACAAAAUAUAGAUUAUAUUAGUGAAGGCCAAACAGCUCAUUUUGAAUGUCGUCUUAUACCCGUAGGAGAUGCAACUAUGACAGUUGAAUGGUUCAGAAAUGGACAACCACUUGAAACAAGCUCACGAAUUACAAAAUCAAAUGAUUUUGGCUUUAUAUCACUCAAUAUUUCUCAUGUCAGAGAUGAUGAUAAUGGAGUGUACAGUUGCAAAGCUAUGAAUGUGUUAGGAGAAGCUAUUACUACCGCCUCUAUGCGUGUUAAAACUAAAGAUGAUAUUCAGCUAGAGAGUCAACAUCCAGAAGGAUUAAAAAAAAUUGUUGAAUUGGAACGAGGAACAGAACCUUUAAAACGAGAUGAGAAAGAAAGAUUAUUUGAAAAACCUAUAUUUACUCAACUUCUCACUGGACCCUCUGAGCUUGUAGAAGGUCAACAUGCUCAUUUUGAGUGUCGUGUGGUCCCAGUUGGUGACCCCACUUUACGUUUUGAGUGGUAUGUUAAUGGAGUUGAGCUUAAAAUGGGAUCAAGAUUUCAUGUUACCCAUGAUUUUGGUUUUGUGACAUUAGAUAUAACUGCAACAGUUGCUGAUGAUUCUGGUGUUUACACAUGUAAAGCGAUUAAUAAAGCUGGAGAAGCUAUAUCUUCAACAUCAUUGAAAAUUAGAGACCGUUCAUCAAUUAUCCAAGAACCUUUGCAACCAGAAUCUUGGGAAAAAAUUCAAUUGAAAGAAGCUGAAAUGAACAAAGUACCAGAAAUGUUUAUUGAUACAAGACCUCAGCAAGUUCCUGUAUUUACAAGCCAUUUACAAAACCAAGACCAUCUGGUUGAGGGCCAACAUGUUCAUUUAGAAGCUCAAGUAGAACCUAGAGCUGAUUCUAAUUUAAGAAUUGAGUGGUUUAAAAAUGGUUUAGCAUUGACAACUGGUUCUAGAAUUAGAAGUACUUUUGAUUUUGGAUUGGUAACAUUAGCUAUAAAUAGCUUAAGACCUGAUGAUUCAGCUAUUUAUACAUGUAAAGCUACAAAUUUAUUAGGCGAAGCUGUGUCAACAUGUACACUAAAAAUAGCAGAUAGUCACUGGCUUUUAGCAAAUUCAUUACAUCCUGAUUCACUACCCAGGCUUGAAGCUUUAGAAAAACCUCAAGCUAAAUGUCCAGAAGGUCCAGAUCCUAUUUAUGAAAGCCCUGUUUUUAUAUCACAUUUAAAUAACUGGGAAUGUAAAGAAGGGAAUGAGGCUCAUUUUGAAUGUCAAGUGGAACCCUCAAAAGAUCCGACUAUGAAAAUAGAAUGGUUAUUGAAUGGCUUGCCACUUCAAAUUGGAUCUAGGUUUAAACCUUCUUAUGAUUUUGGAUUUGUAACAUUAGAUAUUAAACAAGCAUGCACUGAAGACUCAGGAAUUUACACUUGUAGAGCUACUAAUACUAAGGGAUUUGCAAUGACAACUGGAACGCUCAAAUGUAUAGGAAAUCAAGUAAUACAUCUGGAUACUCAACACCCUCAAGGUAUAAUUGGAUUAGAAAAAGUACAGGAAGUUGAAAAUACUUUAGCUCACAAGUAUCAACGUCAACAAUCAUUACCAGAAACUGUAUAUCCAAAACCUAUUUUUGUUGUACCAUUAGAGGUCGAAUUUAUACUUGUUGAAAGUGCAGUAUUACAUUUAGAAGCACAAGUUGAACCAAAAAAUGAUCCUAAUUUAAAAAUUGAAUGGUAUUUUAAUGGAAAAGUACUCGAUUUAGGGUCACGAUUUAAAACAAAUAAUGAUUUUGGAUUUGUUACAUUGGAUCUUACUGAUGUUUAUGAACGAGAUCAAGGAGUAUAUACUUGCAAAGCAUACAAUCAUUCUGGUGAAACGUAUACAUCAACUACGGUAUACUGUAAUAGUAGAGAAGGAUUAGUUGAACAUACACAACAUCCUAAAGGAGAAGAAGGUUUAGAAAAAAUACAAAAUUUAGAGGAAUCCUUGCAUAAACAAAAACAAGGAAUUAUUGAUAAAGAAAGUGGGCAUACUCCUAUUUUCACAUCACAAUUUAAAGAUCUUGGGUUUUUAAGUGAAGGAGAAAUUGCUCAUUAUGAAGCAUCAUUAAUACCUAUUGGUGAUCAAAAAAUGAUUGUUGAAUGGUUCUAUAAUGGAAAAGUUAUUGAAGCUAGUCAUCGUAUUCGUACAAUUUAUGCUUUUGGAAUGGUAGUUCUCGAAAUACUUGGUACAAAGAUAACUGAUACUGGAACCUAUACUUGUAAAGCAACCAAUGAAUAUGGUACAGCUGAAACCAGUGUAACAUUGGAGUGCAUUGAAAGAAUAGAUGGUCAGAAACCUAAAUUCACAUCACAAAUUGAAAGUCUAAUUGGAUUAAAAGAUGGUGAUUCUGCACACUUUGAAUGUACUUUAAUACCAAUGAAUGAUCCUGAUCUAAAAGUUGAAUGGUUUCAUAAUGGCAAACCUUUGCUGCACAAAAACAGGGUUAAAAUGAUUUCUGAUUUUGGUUUUGUUGUUAUGGACAUUGCUUAUGUGCAAAAUCACGAUUCUGGAGAAUAUAUCUGCAAAGCUAGUAAUAAGUAUGGUGAAGAUGUUACAAAAGCUACAAUUCAAUGCUUUGGUAGAGGAGGUGUAUAUUUGGAUUCAUUGCAACCUAGUUCAUUAGCUCGAAUCCAAGAACUUGAAAAUCCUGUUGAUCAAAAUUUAGGAAUUCUAUCCUCUCCUGUUCAAGAAGUACCUAAAUUUGUUAGUCAAAUAACUGAUGUAAUCAAUUUAAAAGAAGGUCAAAGUGCACAUUUUGAAGCUCGUAUUACUCCUAUUAAUGAUCCAAAUCUUGUUGUUGAAUGGUUCUUUAAUGGUGAAAAGUUGCAGCAUGGUCAUCGAUUUAGAACAUUUCAUGAUUUUGGUAUUGUUAUCUUAGAUAUACUUUAUUGUUAUGAAGAAAAUUCUGGUGUAUAUGAAUGUAGAGCUUCAAAUAAAGUUGGAACUGAUGCAACUAAAGCUAAUUUACGCUGUUCAUCAAAAAAUAGUCUUAUAUUGGAAUCUCAAUUACCUCAAGGUAUGGAAGGAGGAUUAGAGAAAAUUCAAACUCUUGAAGAUUUAACUAUACGUUCUAAAGAUGAAAGAGCAACUGUCGAAAUACGGCAGGCACCAAUGUUUAUAGAGCCUCUUUCAAACAUUGAUAGUUUACGAGAAGGUGAAAGUGCUCAUUUUGAAGGUCGUUUAACACCAAUAAAUGAUCCAAAUCUAAAGGUUGAAUGGUAUUGGAAUAGUAAACCCUUGAAAGCUGGAUCUAGAUUCAGGACAUUCUGUGAAUUUGGAUUUGUUAUAUUAGAAAUAUCUCCUGUGUAUCCAGAAGAUUCAGGAGAAUAUUCAUGUCGUGCAACUAAUAACUUUGGAGAAGCUGUAUCUACUUCUAGUAUGAAAGUUCAAGGAAAAAGAAGCAUAAUUGUAGAAUCUCAACUUCCUAAAGGAAUGGAAGGUACUAUUGACAAAAUUGCUGAACUUGAAGGACUUGGACAAUCAAGAGGUCCAAUUGAAACUGAAGAUGAGUUGGGAAAAGCCCCAGAGUUUAUUACUACACCAGCAGAUCUUAGUUUACCAGAAAAUUCUUUAGCACAUUUUGAGUGUCGGCUUUUACCUACAAAUGAUCCUAGUAUGAUUGUCACAUGGUUCCAUAAUGGCAAAGUUCUAUCAGCUGGUUCACGUAUUAAAACAAUCAAUGACUUUGGAUUUGUUAUUCUUGAAGUAGCUGGUGUUUACAUUAGAGACUCUGGAGUUUAUACUUGCAAGGCUACCAAUAAACACGGUGAAGCCACCAUUACAUGCAAAUUACAAGUAAAAGGUCGUCAAGGUAUUGUAUUAGAACCUCAGUUACCCAAUAAAUUUAGGUCUGGUACUGAAAGUAUUCAAAAACUUGAAGAAAAUAUGUAUAAAAAAGAAGAAAUUUUGACAGAAGAAGAAACACCUUAUCCACCUAAGUUUAUUGAAAAUAUUAAGGAUGCAAUAGAUGUUCAAGAAGCCAAACCUGUUCAUUUUGAAUGUAGAGUUGAACCAGUCAAUGAUCCAACAUUACGAAUUGAUUGGUUCUUUAAUGGAAAACCAUUUGCUACAGGUUCCCGAGUUCAUGUAAUACAUGAUUUUGGUUUUAUAUCUUUAGAUAUGGAUUAUGUUUAUCCACGUGAUUCGGGUGAAUACAUUUGUCGUGCCACUAACAAAUGGGGAACAGCAAUUACUAAAGCUAAACUUACAUGUUCUGCCAAACUUAAUGUGAUAUUGGAUUCACAAUUACCAGAAGGAAUGAGUGGAGAGAAAUUAAAAGCAUUGGAGCAAGGACCCAUACAAGAAAAAGUCGAAAAAGAUGAAAUAGAAGCAGUUCCCCCCAAAUUUUUAUCACAGAUUGAAUCAGCUACGGUUGAGGAAGCUAGUUCAGUACACUUUGAAACAAAAGUAGAACCAAAGAAUGACCCAAAACUUAGAGUAGAAUGGUACAGAAAUGGUAAACUUUUACCUUCUGGACAUAGAUAUAAAUCAUUGUUUGAUUUGGGAUUUGUUUCUUUGGAUAUUUUAUCUAUGUAUGCUGAAGAUUCUGGAGAAUAUGUUUGUAGAGCUAUUAAUGACCAUGGUGAAGCCAUCACUAAAGCUAUAGUUACUUGUAAACAGCUUCCAACUAUUCUGCUACAAAAUCAAGUACCCAAAGGUAUGAAAAAAUCAGAAGCAUUAACUCAAAUGGAAGCAGCUAUUAAAAAGUAUACAUCUGAGAUACAUUUAACUGAAGAUGAUUUGUAUGAACUAGAAAAGAAACAACCUCCAAGGUUUGUUAGCCAAUUAAAAGAUCAAUUAUCAUUAGUUGAAAUGGAAUCUACUAAAUUUGAAUGUCAACUUGCUCCAGUUGGUGACCCUAAUAUGAAGGUUGAAUGGUUCCUUAAUGGAAAACCAUUAAGACAUAAGAACCGAUUUAAUCCAAUCUAUGAUUUUGGAUAUGUGGCAAUGAAUUUUGAUUGGAUUUACCCUGAGGAUAGUGGAGAAUAUGUCUGUAGAGCUUCCAAUUUAUAUGGCCAAGAUGAAACAAAAGCCAUCAUUAAAACUUCUGGAAAACCUGGUAUUAUAUAUGAGUCUCAACUUCCUAAAGGAAUGAAGAGUAUUGAAAAAAUUCGUGAAAUGGAAGCUUCAUGGCAAGUAUUACCUGAAGAAAAAGAAGAAGAAGAAAAACGUAGAGAGCCUCCUCAAUUUGUUAGUAAACCUGAAUCUGUUACUGUGUGUGAAGGAGAUUGGGCUAGAUUUUGUUGCAGAGUUACUGGAUUUCCUAGACCACGAGUUAUGUGGCUUGUCAAUGGAAAUACAGUUGUUAAUGGUAUGCGUUAUAAAUUGAAUUAUGAUGGAAUGUGGCAUCUAGAUAUACCUAAAACAAGACAGUAUGAUCAUGGAAAAGUGGAAGUUAUUGCUAGAAAUUCAAUAGGUGAAACACGUGUUGAAACUAUGCUAGUUGUCAAAUCUAGACAUGAUGAUUAUAGAGGAGUGUUGAAAAAUUCACCGAGACCUUGUCAAGAGGAUGUCUUCAUAGCUUCUGUUAAUUGUCUACGGUUCUGCGUAUAUUGGAGUAUAGAAACAGCAUGGUAUGACUCUGAUUUGGUUCAGUAUCAAAAAGAUCUCAAAGAGAAUGAAUUGGAAAAGGUAUUCACAGAGAGAGCAACUAAUGUCCAACAAGCUGAUUAUGGCAAUAUUGUGGUGUCAGCAGUUGGAGAACAUAUAAAACUAAAGCAAUUGAGUGAACCAAAGCCAGAAUGGACAGAAACUGUAAAACAAAAGAAAAAUGAGGAAUUUUAUAGUAAAUUAAGCAAGUUAGAAGGAGAUCAAAUUAUAAAAGAAACAAAAAUUCGAGAAGCAUCGCAUCAAAUUGAAAUUCCAGGAGAAAAAAUUAUUAAUAAAUCUAAAGGGCAAAUUCAUGAUUAUGAAGCAUCAUUAGUAAAAGAGAAAAAAGAAGAAUUAAUGCCAUGGCAAACAAAAACUCUUAAAAUUUGUCCUGAUAAUACUCAGAUUCCAACAGAUCCAUCAGAAUCAUCAGUGCAUGGAAAAGAAAUACAUGUAGCCAAACAAAAACAAACUCAAAAAGAAAUAAAAGAUAAUAAAGAAAUUAAUAGAAAAAUUACUUCUAUUGAAACAACUGAAAUGGAACAUAGUGGGAAUACACAAGAAAGAGUUGUUAAAGGAAAAGUAGAACCAAGCAAACCACCAGUAUUUACUAAGAAAAUUCAACCUUGUCGUGCAUUUGAACAAGAUCAAGCACGUUUUGAAGUUGAAUUUGAUGGAGAACCAUUACCAACAAUUAAAUGGUACAGAGAAGAUUUCUUAAUUCAAAAUUCACCCGACUUUCAAAUCCAUACAUUUAGCACAAAAUCUGUUUUAAUUAUACGACAAGUUUUUAUGGAAGAUUCAGGAAUUUUUGCUGUUAUUGCAGAAAACAGGGGCGGAAAAGCAAAAUGCAGUGCUAAUUUAGUUGUUGAAGAGCGUAGGCAGGUUGGUAGAAAAGGUCCAGGACCUCCAAGUUUCUCUACAACUAUACAAGGAGCUAUGGUAAAAGCUGGACAACUUGCUAGAUUUGAUGUGAAAAUAAAUGCCAACAAGCCUUUAGAUGUUUAUUGGUUGAAAAAUGGGAAAAAAAUAUCACAGGAUAUCCGGUACAAGACAUUAGAUGAAGAUAAUCAAUAUACUCUUUUGAUACUGGAAACAGUUACUGAUGAUAGUGGGUCAUAUGAGUGUGUAGCUAUCAACAAUUCUGGGGAAGCAAGAUGUGAAGCACCAUUAAUUGUUGAACCUUUAGAACAAAAGUCAAAACCUAAAGAAAAAUCCACUGGUAAAGAACAAGCUCCUACUAUAGUACAACCAUUGUCUGGUCAAGUAAUUCAUGAGGGACAACCAGUAACAUUUACUUGUAAAAUAUCUUGUAAACCCCCAAUAAAUGUAAAAUGGCAAAAGGGUGAUAAAGUUAUAAAACCAUCAAAAUAUUUCCGAAUGACAAAUGAUGGUGAAAAUGUAGCUCUACAUAUAUCUGAAGUAUUUCCAGAAGAUGAAGGAACUUACAAAUGUUUUGUAUCUAAUUCUGGUGGUCAAGCAGUGUUGUCUGCUGAUUUAAAAGUUAUUGUACCUGAAAAUCAGGAUGAAGCCCCUACAUUAAGUCCUAUGGGGGAUGUUAUUGUACCUGAAGGUAGUUCUGCACAAUUUCGUACUCAGGUGACUGGUCAACCAACACCAUCUAUACAAUGGUUUAGAGAAGGGAUUCUUAUUCCUGAGACACCAGAUUUCAAGAUGAUUCAUGAAGGAAAUUUAGCUGCACUAUUAAUAAAAUUUACUUAUGAAGAAGAUACUGGUAUGUUUACAUGUCGAGCAACAAAUAGUGGUGGACAAGUAGAAACGUCAGCCAACCUCACCGUGAAAAGACUAAAUGGAACCGAAAUUAAAAUUGGUACAUCUGAUGAUAAAGGUGUUGUGGAUAAAACAUUGAUAAAUAAAAUUUCACAAAAUAAUAAAUCAGUAGAUUUUCAAAAAAAUUUAAAAAUAUCAAAGGGUAGAAAAACAAAGGAUAAUGGAAACGAAAGUGUAGCUCCUUGGAGAUCAGACAUAACAUUAGAAAGAAUUACUUUAGGUAUAUUAGAAAAAAAUAAUUUAGAAAGAAAUGAAAUUUCAUCAAUAAUGACAUUAAGUGAUUUCAAAAAAUCAUCUAUUACCAAAAAUGAAACUCUUAUUCAUAGCCUCGCAACUGAACAGAUAUUUAAAGUUCUUGAAAAAACUAUUCAUCAAAGAGACACAGAAACAGCAAAACACAUCAUUGAUCAAGUAUUAACAAAGAGAAUUUCAAAAAAUAAUAUAAACAUAUUAAAUGAAAGAGAAAAGAUAGAUAUUGUUGAUGAAGUGACUCAUCGAUUAUCACAGUUCUACAAACAAAAUGUAAAUCAAAAAAUGUUAGCAAAAGAUAUUUUAAAUAAAGUACUUACAAGGUCAAUGCAAAAAGACACAUAUCAAACUUCAAAAAAUUGGACUAUAGAACAUCAAUGGGAAAAAGCUAAAGAUAAUUUAAACAUAGCCGUAUCAAAACGUAUCAUUGGUGAUGUUAAAAAACAAAUUAAAACAUAUAAACCCAACACCGAAAACCACAUAACAAUACACAAGCUGUACGAUUCUCAAAAUCAGGACAACGCAAACUAUGAAAUUGUACCCGAUGAAUAUAAACCAAAAUUAAAAAUACAAAAUUACGAAAAGCCACAGAGGCAGUCGUCUAUACCAUGGACUGAAGAAGUUGUGCAAUUGAAAAAAGUCAGGCCAGAGAAAAAACCAAUUCAAAAAGAGAAACCUGAGGAAGUGACUCUGAAACCGAUUUCGAAACCUAAAAAAUUUGACGAAAUAAUUGUUGACGAAUCUCCUUUAAAACCCGAAAUAACUGAACAAGAAACUGUUAUUGUCGAUGAAAAGGGAGUUAAAAAGGUGAAGAAAACUCGAGUGGUUAAAAAGGGUGAUGACUAUAUCACAGAAGAGAUCAUUCUUGAUGAAAAAACUCCUAUAGUGGAGGAGAUAAGUGAUGUUCCGUCUGAGACUUCAGAAGAAAAACCCCAUAGAAAGCCUUCAAUACCAUGGACUGAAGAAGUUGUGCAAUUGAAAAAAGUCAAGCCAGAGAAAAAACCAAUUCAAAAAGAGAAACCUGAGGAAGUGACUCUGAAACCGAUUUCAAAACCUAAAACAUCUGACGAAACUCCUUUAAAACCCGAAAUAACUGAACAAGAAACUGUUAUUGUCGAUGAAAAGGGAGUUAAAAAGGUGAAGAAAACUCGAGUGGUUAAAAAGGGUGAUGACUAUAUCACAGAAGAGAUCAUUCUUGAUGAAAAAACUCCUAUAGUGGAGGAGAUAAGUGAUGUUCCGUCUGAGACUUCAGAAGAAAAACCCCAUAGAAAGCCUUCAAUACCAUGGACUGAAGAAGUUGUGCAAUUGAAAAAAGUCAAGCCAGAGAAAAAACCAAUUCAAAAAGAGAAACCUGAGGAAGUGACUCUGAAACCGAUUUCAAAACCUAAAACAUCUGACGAAACUCCUUUAAAACCCGAAAUAACUGAACAAGAAACUGUUAUUGUCGAUGAAAAGGGAGUUAAAAAGGUGAAGAAAACUCGAGUGGUUAAAAAGGGUGAUGACUAUAUCACAGAAGAGAUCAUUCUUGAUGAAAAAACUCCUAUAGUGGAGGAGAUAAGUGAUGUUCCGUCUGAGACUUCAGAAGAAAAACCCCAUAGAAAGCCUUCAAUACCAUGGACUGAAGAAGUUGUGCAAUUGAAAAAAGUCAAGCCAGAGAAAAAACCAAUUCAAAAAGAGAAACCUGAGGAAGUGACUCUGAAACCGAUUUCAAAACCUAAAACAUCUGACGAAACUCCUUUAAAACCCGAAAUAACUGAACAAGAAACUGUUAUUGUCGAUGAAAAGGGAGUUAAAAAGGUGAAGAAAACUCGAGUGGUUAAAAAGGGUGAUGACUAUAUCACAGAAGAGAUCAUUCUUGAUGAAAAAACUCCUAUAGUGGAGGAGAUAAGUGAUGUUCCGUCUGAGACUUCAGAAGAAAAACCCCAUAGAAAGCCUUCAAUACCAUGGACUGAAGAAGUUGUGCAAUUGAAAAAAGUCAAGCCAGAGAAAAAACCAAUUCAAAAAGAGAAACCUGAGGAAGUGACUCUGAAACCGAUUUCAAAACCUAAAACAUCUGACGAAACUCCUUUAAAACCCGAAAUAACUGAACAAGAAACUGUUAUUGUCGAUGAAAAGGGAGUUAAAAAGGUGAAGAAAACUCGAGUGGUUAAAAAGGGUGAUGACUAUAUCACAGAAGAGAUCAUUCUUGAUGAAAAAACUCCUAUAGUGGAGGAGAUAAGUGAUGUUCCGUCUGAGACUUCAGAAGAAAAAUCUGACUUUUCUGUUAUUAAAAUACGUUUGUUGAGUAAGGAUAAUUUGAAUCAAGAUAUUUUGUCCAGUAAUGGUGUUAUUUGUGAUCAGAAAUUAAUUAAAAGUCCUAAAAAAUCGAUCAAAUUAAAAAAACAUGUUUUGCUGAACGAGGAUAUGAACCAAGAAAAGGAAUUUUCACCUGAUGAUGAAGUUUGUAUUUUAAAUGAAGAGAUAAGGAAGACUCAAUCAAUUUCCUCAAAAAAAUUAAAAGGAAUAAUAAAACCCAAAGAUGAUAUUAUUGAUAGCGGUAAUCAAAUGUAUACAGCUUUAGACGUUGAUGAUGAUAUAAAAGAUCAAUUUAUACGGCCAAAAAAUAUUACUGAGCAGAAAAUUCCAUCCAAAUUGAUGCAUGAAAAGUUAUCAUUACCUUGGAGAAAACCAAAAGUCAAGGAUCUUAAAUUUGUCAAAGAAAGCACUAAUGUACCAAACGAUAAAUCUAAUAAAAAGAAGCAAAAAAAAAAUAUUAAUCUUAGUGACGACAUAAAGACUAAUGACAGUCAAUCAGUUAUGGCUAUUGAAAAAUCAGAUACACAGAUUCCUUUAUUAGAAAAACUUGAACUUAUUGAACAAUUACCUAAAAAACCAAUUGCUGUUGUAUUUGAGAACAAUCCUUUAUUUGCAACUAUUCAAUUAAAAAAAGCGCCAACUAAAGCGAAAAAGGACAUCCCUUCAGUUACUGUUCCUAAGGUUCUGCUAAAAUCUUUUAUCAGAAGAAUAGAUUUUGAUAAACAUGAACAUUUUGCAAAGUUUAUUUUUCUUGAACCAGUCUAUGUUGACAACGGAAUCCUAUCAAGGAACUAUAUGGAAGCAACAAAAAUAAAAAAAUCGAAACCAAGGAGGUUUAAAUUACCUGAGUUAGAACCCAUAGUAUUAGAAAAAUAUCUAUCAGAACCUUUUGAUAAAUUAAAUAAACCAAAACAUCAAGUAAUUCAGCCAGUCCAAAAAAUUCUCUUGGAUAAGACUAAAUCCGAAGAAGAUGUUCCAUUGGAGAUAAAAAUAGGCAAAGGAAAAAUUCCUCAUGAAGAUAACAAUAGAGAAAAAAUAUCAUUGAAAGAAAUACCAAAAAAAUCAUCAGAAUGUUCUGAUGAAAAACCAAUUAGAUCGACGAAACUACAUGAUGAUGAUCAUCUGAAAACUAAUACUGGGAAGAAUUAUGAUUCAAAUUUAAAGCCGUUGGAUGUUAUUCCAACUGGAGAGUGUCUCAAUGAGGAACACCAUACAUUACCCGCUGAUAAACAUAAUUCCUCUUCGUUUAAAGAGGAAGUUAAACCUGAAUAUAAGCGAAAGAAAGAUAAAAAACCUGAUGUACUUUCAGAUGAAAGACCAUUAAUUUUGGGUAAACCCAAACCAGUUACUAAAGAUAAGGAAGAAGAUAUCAACUUAAAGUAUAAACAGGGGUUACCUGAACCAGCUCAAACUGAAAAAAUAACUUUAAAACCUAUACCAAAAACCAAACCAAAAAAUUUUGAUGAACCAAAAGAGUUAACAGUUGGACUUCCUGAAAAUGAUACAAUCUCAACAAUUGAUGAUGAAAUAUCGCCGAAAUAUAAGGCACCUCAUUUUAUUGAAAAAAUUCAGUCUAUAGUUGCUGAGUUUGAAAAACCUAUAGAAUUUUCUUGUGUUGUGGGAGGUUCUCCUGUUCCUAAAGUAAAAUGGUAUAAAGAUGACAGAGAACUUCAAGCUAAUGAAGUUUUUGAAAUUAAUGUAUUUGAUAAUACAUCUACUCUCAGAAUUUCUAAGCCUACUGAAAAGCAGGCUGGAGUAUAUGUUUGUCAAGCAAUUAAUUCUACAGGAGUUUCCACUUGUACUGCACUCCUUGUAGUGUUAGAAUCUGAAGAAACAGGCGAAGCUCCAUAUUUUGAAGAGCCAGUUCGACCAAAGAAAGUCAAAGCAAAUGAAACAGUUGAGUUACGAUGUAUUAUCAAAGGAAACCCUACGCCAAAUAUCAUUUGGUGUCGAGAAAACGAUGAAGUCAUUUCUGAUGAUGAAGAAAUGUGUACUAUGUAUGAUUCAAAAACUGGUGAAGCUGUAUUAUCUUUCAUUAAUUCAUCCAAAGUUGAACAGCGAAUUUUCAAAGCAAAAGCAGAUAACAUUCAUGGAAAAGCUGAAUGUAUAGCAAAUAUAAAAUAUGAAAACGCUGAAGUGGGUGAAGCUCCAAAGUUUGUAGAACGCUUAAAACCAAAAAUUGUGAAAGUAAAUGAAACUACUGAACUGUCAUGUUUAGUUAAGGGUAUACCCAUUCCAACUUUAACAUGGUGUAGAGAUGAAGAAGAAAUUAUUGCAGAUGAUAACCAUAUGUUAACUUAUUUACCAGAGACAGGUGAAUCAAAACUUAUAAUUUUUCACUUAGAAGAUAUUGAUGAAUCUACAUAUACUGUUAAUGCUGUGAAUAAAUUUGGUAAAGCUCAAUGUAGAGCAAAUAUAAUAGUUCAAAAAGAUGAACUUGGAGAAGCACCAACUUUUGUUCAACCAGUUAAACCGAAAAUCACUAGAACUAAUGAUGUAACCGAACUUGUUUGCAUUGUUAAAGGCACACCUAGUCCGCUUGUAAUUUGGUGUCGUGAAAAUGAAGAAAUCAAUCCUGAUGAAAGUCAUUUAAUAACAUAUGAUAUAGAUUCAGGAAUGUCAGUAUUAACUAUAAUAAAUCCAACUGAAGUAGAUGAAACAAUUUAUACUGUGAAUGCUGUUAAUAAACAUGGACAGGCGCAAUGCCGUGCUAAUCUAAUUAUUCAAAAAGAUGAAUAUUUUGAAGCACCCUAUUUUGUAAAACCAAUUAAGCCAAAAUUUGCUAAAUUAAGUUCUGAAAUUGAAUUUAAUUGUUUAGUUAGAGGUACUCCCACACCCAUUAUUACUUGGUACAAAGAAAAUGAAGAAAUUUUACCUGAUAAUUCACACAUUAUAUCAUUUAUACCAAAGACUGGUGAAUCAAAACUUAUUUUUAUCAAAACCACAGUGCUUGAUCAAAGUACCUACACUGUAAAAGCGGUCAACAAAUUUGGCAAAGCUCAGUGUACAGCCAAUUUAAUCAUACAGGAUGAUGUAUUUGGAGUUGCUCCUAGCUUUGUCGAAACAAUAAAACCAACCUUGGUUAAACCAAAUCAAACAACUGAGCUUCGUUGUUUAAUCACUGGAGUACCCACUCCAAAAAUUACUUGGUCCCGAGAAAAUGAAGAAAUAAUUCCUGACGAAUCACAUACAAUACAACAUAUAGUAGAAACAGGUUUAUCCACAUUAACUAUUUCAAAUGUGACUAAUGUCGAUGAAGCUUGCUAUACUGUAAUUGCUGUGAAUGAUUUUGGCAAAGCUCAAUGUCGUGCAAAUCUAAUUUUAGAUGACUAUUUAAAAGUAAUAGAUGAUACCAUAUUAACAAAAAAAACCAUUGGAAACAUGCCAUAUUUUGAAACUAAGUUACAAACUGAAACCAUAUGGGAAGAAGAAGAAAAAGAAGUCAUCACUAAACAUUUAAUUAUUAAAGUUCGAGGCUCUCCUAAACCUAAUGUUUGUUGGUAUAAGAAUGGAGUGCUAAUUGUUCCUAAUGAAGAGUUUGAGAUAGAAGAAUUAGAUGAUGGUAUUUCGAUAUUAACUAUAAAAGUAACUCCAUUAGAAAACUCUUUAGAAAUAAUAUGUGAAGCGAUUAAUGAGUAUGGAGUAGCAGUCACUAAAACUAUUUUAUUUAAAAGUAUUAGAGGUACUAAAGAAUAUAGGAAACCAUCAUGGGUAACUGAUAUGGAAGAACUAAGAGAGCAACUACAAGCAUUCCAAAGCAGUCCAAGUUUUGUCCAAGAAUUAAAAGAUGAGCGUGUAAUCGAAAAUGAUAAGGUUAUAUUUGAAGCUCAGUUUUCAGGCAAUCCAACACCAAUGGUUAUUUGGUAUAAAGAUGAUAAAAUUAUCAGAAAUUCAUCAAAUGUUCAAAUAAAGAUAACUGACACUAAAUCAACAUUAAAUAUUCGAAAAGUAACUAAAGAAGAUGAAGGUACAUACACAUGCAAAGCAAAUAGUAAUUUAGGAGAAGCUAAAACAAGAGCGAAACUACUUGUCAAAAGUGAAGACCAACAUACAGAUAUCAAGGAAGAAACUGUUGAUGAAAAAAUUGAAAAAGUUAAGAAAAGUAAACAAAUUACCAAAAAAAAAUCAACAAAAAGACAGUUGCAUAAAGAAACAGAAUCAUUUGAUGAAACAAAAUGGAAACAAACUGUUCCGUUAUCGACUAAUAUUCAAAAGGUUGAAGCAACUCCAGUUUUAUUAGUUCAGGAAACUGUUUUAGUAUCUGCAAUAGCAACUUGUAAAAACGAGGGUGAUGAUUUGACUCAUAUACCUAUUGAAACACAAUCUGCAAAAAUUAUGAUUGACACUCGUCAAUCGUUAUCUACAUCUGAAACUGUGUCUGAUGAAACUAUACGCGAAAUGCAUGAGCCUCAAUAUUUACAAGAUAAAUCAACUAAAGAGCCAGCAUUAUUCACAGCAUUGAAACAAAAAACGCCUACUGUUGUACAAGAAGUAGAAGAAGUUCUAGAUCAAAUUGAGUUAACAGAUUUUGGACCUGCUGAAUGGGCACUUCGUGAAUUGGCUACCAUAAGUGUGUUGACUCAUCAUGGAAUUUCUACAGAAGAGGUUAUUACAGAAUAUGCUUUAGGUAAUUUCCCGGCUUUAAAAUCUGCACCUGCUCAAACUGCCAUGAUGAAUUUAAUUGAACGUGAAGGUUAUUCAUCGUUAGUGUCUGAUGUGUUCAGUAAGGAAUCUUCUAUACCGAACAUAGUUAAUGAAGUAUUUGUAGCAUUCUUAAAAAUGGUAGAACUUGAGCAUAAUACUAUACAGGAAAUCAUCACAUACUUGGGCCCAGAAGAUUUUCACACGUCUAUAUCAGAUUUGAAUUACGUUACUGAGAUCACAACAGACGACACAAUUACAGAAACUGUGAAUAGUGAAAUCACAAACGUACAUGAAGUCAAAAAUAACACCCAAUCAAUAAAAAAAAUAUCUGAAGAACUAUUAUCCAUUGAAAAUGUUGGUAGUCAUCAAAUAACGGAAGAGAAUGAUAUAAUUAUAACAAAUAUCAAUGGUGACUUCAAAACAAAGAAUAAUAAUCGAAAACAUAGUAUUAUAACUAUUAAAGAGAAAGAAUCAAAUAAUAAAUGCCAACGAAGAAGUAAAAAAAUUAACAAUCUUCAAAAAAAAAACUCUAUAGAAUACGAAAAAGAAAAAACGAAAAAUAUUAAAGAAAACGAGUCAAUUAUUGAUGAAGAGUUAAUUCCAGACGAAGCUAUUGAAAAAUUGUGCAUAGAAAAGUACCCAGUUCUGCACAGUGUCAUACUUGAAACUCCCAAAAUUAUUAAUAAAGCUAUAAAAAAACAAGAAGUUAUAUUAUUUAAUAAUAUCGAACCAAAAGUGGUCGAAGCUAAAAUAAUUGUAAUUCCCCACAAUGCAGUAGAAAAAAUAAUGAUUCAAGGAGAAGAAAAAGAAGAAUACAUAAAAGACACUUUAAAUUACAAAAAAUGUAUAGCUUCAUCAACAAUAAAAAUUAAGGAAGGUAUUGCUAUUGAAUAUCCUGAUACGCAGUUUUUAGUAGGAUUACUGAAGAAUAAUAAAACAUUAUCAUGUGUAGCUAAACACAAAAUUAUUCCAAAUUUAAGUAUAGACAUUAAUGAGGUACAAUUCAAUCAAACUGUUGCAGAAAAUACAUAUAAAGUAAAACCUCAACAUGAGAAAGCAAACUUUGAAAUAAUUUCGCAUACAACAAAAAUUAUCACAGAAAUAAUACCUACAAACAAAGAAGGAAUACAUCAAAUAAAACCUAUUCCAGAUAAAAAAAAGGCUACAAAAGAAAUUAUCGAAAACGAAUGUUUAUCUAUUCUUGAAAUCAACGAAGGACACGUUGAAAGCGAUUUACAAACAGUUGAAUUGCUCAACGAGAAGGUAUCUAUUCAAUUUAAACCAAUAUAUAACCAAUUAAGUAUAACCGAAAUUAAUCCAGAAUCUAAACUACAAAUGUACAUUCCUGAAUUAAUAGUACCAACAGAAAUUGCUGAAAAACAAUUAGUUUUUUCAAAUAAUGUCUUAUCUACAUUCCAAAUGGAAACAUCAGAAAAAGAAGAAAAUUUAAAUUCUCGGCAAGUGCCUGAAGAGUAUAACGCAGACCUUUCUGUUAUUCCAGAAAAGUGUUUACAAAUAAGUGAGAUAGUUUUACAGGAAAAUGAUAUGAUAUUACCUAGUGCACGGACGUCGGAAAGAUCAACUGCUAAGUAUGGUGUUAUACCUCUAAGUGGUUUAACAGUUAAUGUAGUUGAACACAAUGAAAGUGAAGAUUCUUUCGUUACACGUGUACCCGAGAAGUGUAACAGUAUUGCACAAUUCGAGUGUACUAAAAAGGUUUGUACGUCAUCAUUUGUUCAAACUAAUGAAUUAGAAAGUAAUUUAAUAAUCAAUCCAAUACCUGAACAUAAGAAAGUGGAGACUUCUAUUCAAGUAUUAGAAGUUCCAAAUAUUGUUGAAGUAAUUUCCAUUGAAAAUGAAAUUGAUUUAACUAUAAUACCAACCAAGAAAGUAUCAGCUGAAAAUAAUUUUAGUGAAAAACAAUCUUUUCAUGUUACUGAAGUGAAUACAAAUGAUUUACUGUCUGAACUUGUUUCCAACUUAAAGUAUAAACCAGAAGAAGCGAUUUCUACUAUUGAGGAAGUCGUAGCAAAGCAAAUAACUCAAAUAAAUGUGCACGAUACUAACGUACCGUUAGAAGAGUUAGCAAAACCUACAUCUAUUUUACCAGAAGUCAACUACGAAUCUAGUAAAAGUAUUGUCGUAGAAGAAGCUGUAAUAGCCGAACAAGAAGAGAUUUUAAAAUUGAAAUUAUUACCUUAUUCACAUAAAUCUAUAAUUUCUCCUACACAUACUUUACAGACGAUAACUGUAGAGGAAGUUAUCACAGGGAGUACUAUAGAAAAACUUGAUGACAAUUUAGUUAAAACAACUGAAAUUGCUAAUACUAAUAUUGUCGAUAGGAAUUCACUCAUCAUUAAGGAAGUAUGCGCUUUUGAUGUUGAAUCAAACCUAAUUGCUGAGAUAAUUCCUAAAAGCUAUCAAGCAAACACUUCGUACAGUAGUCAUGAUAUCGCUGAAACAGCGGAAAUAAUAUCCAACGAGGAUGUAGAUAUUUUGAAGGUUGAUAAACAGACAAGUAAAGUAGCGAAAGUUGGUCAUGUUCCAUUUAAGUCUUGUCAAUUGGAGAUUACCACAGUAAAUGAAUCUGAAAGCAAUUUAUUAGAGCAAUCUAAUAAAACACAAAGAAAUGCACAAAUGAGUAUAAAUGAAAUAGAGGGAAUUAACGUUGAAGAACAAUCUAUAUUAGAGUGCGAAAACUCUACAAGUACGAUGAAAAUCCCACAAUCUGAUAUAGCUAAGUCGGAAAUUGUAUCUUUACAAACUACAGAAAAUUCUGAGCUCGUUACCUGUGAUAACUUUUUGGAAUUUUCACUACCAACUGUACCGAAAUUCCAAGCUCGCCAUGAACAAAGCACUUUAGAUAGCAUUGUAUUUUAUGAAACUACAGUUGCUGAAAAAGAAAGCAUUUUUACAACGCCUAAAUUUCCAUCUUCAUUUUCUCUCGAUUCUAGUGUUGUUCUAGAUGAUCGAUAUAUAGAAGUAUCUGAAAUCAUUCCCGAUAAUAGAGAGGAAACACUAUCUGGUAUUAUUAAACCAACUGAAGAAAAAGCUCGACCAAAUUUUGUUCUUAUGAACACUGUGGAGGAGCACGAAGUAACAACUUGUGAAAAUGUUGCUUCGGUAACAGAAGAUAAACCUACUACUGUUAAGGGACAUUAUACACAAGAAGCGCUACGUGGUAUAGAAAGUAGUAUUACAAUUGCUGCUGAAUCUGAAAAUUCAUUUACGAAUGCUCUUAUACCGGAUAAAAAAGAAGCAGAUGAGGUUUAUUCAGAAUUGGAUGUCCCUAUUAGUGUAUUAGAAAUAUUAACACACGAGAAAGAGUCGUUGUUAGAAUUAAACAAAAAUAAAACUCGUGUGUUAGAUAGUGAGAAUAUAAUAUUUGAUGAGUCUCACAUUACUUCAGAAACGACCGUGUGUGAAUCCAUUAAUGAUUUUGAAACACUUAAACCACAAACAGUAACUGCUUUGAAGUCACAAAAACCGUACAACAUAUUUGAGCAAUCUGUAAUUACUACCCUUGAUGUUGAAGAAAAUCUCUUUGAUACUAAUAAUUCCUUUUCAUCUAAUGCAAAACUCUCGGUUAUUAACAACGAAGGAUUAUUAAAUGAACAAAAAUGUCUCUUAGAUACAAUUGGUCAUUUAAUCUUACCACAAAAACUUCCGUCUAGUGUUGCUAUUUUUUCUGUUGAAUUAGCAAAUUCUUAUGCAAAUAUUAAUGUUAUAGCAUCCGAAAAAGAAGAAAAUUUAAAUUCUCGGCAAGUGCCUGAAGAGUAUAACGCAGACCUUUCUGUUAUUCCAGAAAAGUGUUUACAAAUAAGUGAGAUAGUUUUACAGGAAAAUGAUAUGAUAUUACCUAGUGCACGGACGUCGGAAAGAUCAACUGCUAAGUAUGGUGUUAUACCUCUAAGUGGUUUAACAGUUAAUGUAGUUGAACACAAUGAAAGUGAAGAUUCUUUCGUUACACGUGUACCCGAGAAGUGUAACAGUAUUGCACAAUUCGAGUGUACUAAAAAGGUUUGUACGUCAUCAUUUGUUCAAACUAAUGAAUUAGAAAGUAAUUUAAUAAUCAAUCCAAUACCUGAACAUAAGAAAGUGGAGACUUCUAUUCAAGUAUUAGAAGUUCCAAAUAUUGUUGAAGUAAUUUCCAUUGAAAAUGAAAUUGAUUUAACUAUAAUACCAACCAAGAAAGUAUCAGCUGAAAAUAAUUUUAGUGAAAAACAAUCUUUUCAUGUUACUGAAGUGAAUACAAAUGAUUUACUGUCUGAACUUGUUUCCAACUUAAAGUAUAAACCAGAAGAAGCGAUUUCUACUAUUGAGGAAGUCGUAGCAAAGCAAAUAACUCAAAUAAAUGUGCACGAUACUAACGUACCGUUAGAAGAGUUAGCAAAACCUACAUCUAUUUUACCAGAAGUCAACUACGAAUCUAGUAAAAGUAUUGUCGUAGAAGAAGCUGUAAUAGCCGAACAAGAAGAGAUUUUAAAAUUGAAAUUAUUACCUUAUUCACAUAAAUCUAUAAUUUCUCCUACACAUACUUUACAGACGAUAACUGUAGAGGAAGUUAUCACAGGGAGUACUAUAGAAAAACUUGAUGACAAUUUAGUUAAAACAACUGAAAUUGCUAAUACUAAUAUUGUCGAUAGGAAUUCACUCAUCAUUAAGGAAGUAUGCGCUUUUGAUGUUGAAUCAAACCUAAUUGCUGAGAUAAUUCCUAAAAGCUAUCAAGCAAACACUUCGUACAGUAGUCAUGAUAUCGCUGAAACAGCGGAAAUAAUAUCCAACGAGGAUGUAGAUAUUUUGAAGGUUGAUAAACAGACAAGUAAAGUAGCGAAAGUUGGUCAUGUUCCAUUUAAGUCUUGUCAAUUGGAGAUUACCACAGUAAAUGAAUCUGAAAGCAAUUUAUUAGAGCAAUCUAAUAAAACACAAAGAAAUGCACAAAUGAGUAUAAAUGAAAUAGAGGGAAUUAACGUUGAAGAACAAUCUAUAUUAGAGUGCGAAAACUCUACAAGUACGAUGAAAAUCCCACAAUCUGAUAUAGCUAAGUCGGAAAUUGUAUCUUUACAAACUACAGAAAAUUCUGAGCUCGUUACCUGUGAUAACUUUUUGGAAUUUUCACUACCAACUGUACCGAAAUUCCAAGCUCGCCAUGAACAAAGCACUUUAGAUAGCAUUGUAUUUUAUGAAACUACAGUUGCUGAAAAAGAAAGCAUUUUUACAACGCCUAAAUUUCCAUCUUCAUUUUCUCUCGAUUCUAGUGUUGUUCUAGAUGAUCGAUAUAUAGAAGUAUCUGAAAUCAUUCCCGAUAAUAGAGAGGAAACACUAUCUGGUAUUAUUAAACCAACUGAAGAAAAAGCUCGACCAAAUUUUGUUCUUAUGAACACUGUGGAGGAGCACGAAGUAACAACUUGUGAAAAUGUUGCUUCGGUAACAGAAGAUAAACCUACUACUGUUAAGGGACAUUAUACACAAGAAGCGCUACGUGGUAUAGAAAGUAGUAUUACAAUUGCUGCUGAAUCUGAAAAUUCAUUUACGAAUGCUCUUAUACCGGAUAAAAAAGAAGCAGAUGAGGUUUAUUCAGAAUUGGAUGUCCCUAUUAGUGUAUUAGAAAUAUUAACACACGAGAAAGAGUCGUUGUUAGAAUUAAACAAAAAUAAAACUCGUGUGUUAGAUAGUGAGAAUAUAAUAUUUGAUGAGUCUCACAUUACUUCAGAAACGACCGUGUGUGAAUCCAUUAAUGAUUUUGAAACACUUAAACCACAAACAGUAACUGCUUUGAAGUCACAAAAACCGUACAACAUAUUUGAGCAAUCAGAAGUUUCUGUUUUUGAACAAGAAAGUCAUUUUUUUCCAUCUGUUUGUCCUUUACAAAAGUGCGUUGAUGUAAAUUUCGAGGAAAGGAAUAGUUUAAUUAUAUUUAAACCUGUACAGUUAGAUACAAAAAAUGAAUUUUCCAUAGAAAAAGAUAAUAAGAGAAAAAAGAACGCUAGUCUAUCAAUUUCUAGUAUAAUCAUUGCUGAAACAACAGAAAUUUUGCCCCAAAGUCCAAUUGAAGAUCUCACAACUGAUUUGAUAGGCGAAAGAGUUGCACAUAUUGUUCAAGCAGAUGAAUUACAUGGAUUAGAAACAUCAGAAAUUAUUUUUCAUGACUCAGAAACUAGUUUUAUCCAUCAAAAUGUGGAUAGUAAAUUAGCACAGUAUCAUAUUAUUGAAAAUUCGAAGAGUUGUACUAUAACUGAAAUUUCUACAUUAGAAAAGGAACUUCCAUUUACAAAUGAUCAUUUUCCUAUUUUCAAUAAUGCAACACAGAAAUUUUCGUAUCAUGAAAGUUAUCAGGUUGAAGAAAUAUUAAGUUCAAUACAAGAACAUAAUAUGCCGAAUUUAAAUUUUAAUACUAAAAAUGUGCAGGAAGUUAUAGAACCCAGCAAAGCUUUGGAAGUUUUUGAAAUUAAUCCUUUAGAACAAGAAAAUAUUUUAAUACAUAAAGAUCAACAUAUUGAUAAAGAGGCUAUAUUGGACUAUACGAAAAAUAAUAGUAUCAUUAUAGUAUCGACAACUACUAAUGAAAAAGAAAUUAACCUAAAUAUUUAUCCAUUAAAAACAUAUAUUGCGAAUGAAAUAUUAAACAAAGAUAUACUUAGAGCACCAGAACAUUUAGAAAAAAAUACAUAUGAAAUAAUUGGCUCAAUGGAUAUACCACAUCUGAAUGAAAAUUAUGCAAAGUCUGAAUAUUCUUUAUUAGAUAGCAUUAAUACUACAGAAGUUGAUGUAAAUGAAAAAGAAGGUCAGUUUAGAAUUAUUAAUAAAACACCAAAUAUAACUGCAUCGAUAAAUCUAAUUUUAGAUAAUUCUGUCAAUGUCACUGAAUUAUUCAUUGAUGAACAGGAAGGUAAUUUAACCUCUAGCGCAUUUCCUCUUAUGCUAAAUGCAAAGUGUAAUAUUUCAGAUACUAAAACAAUUGCUUUGACUUCAGAAAUAAUUUCAGGGCAAUCAACAAAAAAAUUAAAUGAUUUACCAUCACCGACAUCAUUAGUUAUAACUUCAAAACCUGUAGAAUAUCAAAGUGUUGUUGUCACUGAAACUGUGUAUAACGAAACUGAAAUACCAUUUAAACCAUCUAAAAAUGUCCUGAAAACGUGUAAUGUAAAAGCUGUUUCUGACUUCAACAUCGAAGUUACAGAGGUAACUAGUCAAGAAAAUGAAAAUGAAUUUUUAAUUGCAGAAAAGUCUAAGGAGCAGAAAGCUGAUUUAUCAUACAAUGAACAAGAAACAUUUAUUACUGAAGAAAUAGAAAUUUCUUAUGACGCUCUUCUAUUUAUCGAAACACCAGUAAAACAUUCAAAAGCUAUUAAAAAUGUCAAGCCUCUGAAUGAAAUUUUUAUUACAGAAAUUAAUUCUCUUGAGUGUGAAUCAAGUUAUCAAAGUAAAGUAAAGCCGUCGCCAAAAAUUGCUUCACAAAUUUUUCCAGUGUGUGAAAGUUUAAAUACAAUAUCAAUAAUCGUGGAAGAAAAAGAAGGUUUGUUGAAAGAAUCAGUCAUUAAUGUACCUCAACAAGUGGAAGAAAAAUUAAUAUACGAUGUAAAAUCAGUUGUUCAAAAACAAGAAAAUGACACAUGUAUUGCAAUAGCACCUUUACCUGAUCAAAAACCUAAUAAAAAAAUUGUAAAAUCAUAUUUUGUUCCGCAUUGCACAUUAAAUCAAUUCGAAAAUAAUCCUUUGGAAAAAGAAUGUAAACUAAAAAUCCUUCCCUCUAAAGUAAAAGAAGAGUUUGCAAAUAUCGAACUUAAUACAAUUGAUGUACCAAAUAUAUACGAAAUUAUUACAGGCGAUAAAGAAUUAUUACAAGUGUUUUCAACAAAACUAAAUAAAAAACAUGCAUCAGUUAAUAUAGUUGAUUGUAUUAAAGUAAGUGAUGUUUACGAGAUUACAACUGACGAAAAUACGAAUAAAAUAGAAUCAUUAACUGUCAAUACUUAUAAGGCUACACCAAGUAAAGAAUUAUCACAUGGUGUUAUAGUUAUUGAUAGUAUGUUUCAAGAACAAGAAGAAUUUUUUUAUGAUAAAUUUAAACCAAACAAAGCUCUUGCAGGAAUAAAUAUAGAAACAAAUAAAGAGGUAAAAACAAUCAGUGAAGUAGUUCCCGAAGAAGUUGAAGAACAUCUUAGUAUAAUAAAAAUACCUUCCACUAAGAAUGCUUUUAUUAAUAUAACUUCUAACCAAGAGGUUGCAGAAAAAAUGGAGAUUGUUCAAAAUACAGCUGUAGGAUAUCUACAAAGUUCAAAAUUAAAUAAAUGUUUGGCUAAUCAAAUUCAACAUACUUUUGAAAGCAUUCAAACAACUGUUGUAUCUGCUGCAGAUAAAGAAAAACAGUUGUAUUCUAGAGAUGAUUUUGAUAAAAUAUGCACAGCUGAUAUAAAUGUUACCAAAUUAAAAAGUAUCAAUGUUACCGAAGUAAUUACGGAUGAUAAAGAAGGUAUAUUGAUUAUUUCUAAAAAACCUAAAUCUCAAACUGCUGAAAAUGAGUUUAUAGUGAAUGAAGGAACAGAAACGACAGGCAUUUAUACAAUCAUUCAGCCUAUAGAUUUUAAUGAAAAAUAUCCUGAAGGAGCUUCAGUAAAAAUAAACCAAGAACCUCAUACAACUGUCACUCAAAUAGAAACAAUUAUUCAUGAAAGCGAAAAAGAGCUACCAUUAGUUAAAACUAACACUAAAACUGCUGAUCUCACUAUGAUUUUAAACAAUAGUUUAAUAAUAAGUGAAGUCUUACCUGAUACUGAAAGUAAAGUAUUCUCUUCGGAAAAUGAUAUUUUUAUUAAAAAGCAAGCUUUGCCAUCAAUAAGUGAUUUAUAUGAAAUUCCGCAAACAUCUGAAAUAUAUUCUUCAACAAACGUUACCGACGUACCAUUAACAAAUUUGAAAGUAGAAAAUGCUAGCGUGACACUCGUGAAAUCUAAUGAUAUUAUUACUUCAACUGAAGUAAAUAUAUUGGAAAAUGAAGUAGAGUUUAAUAAAAAUUAUAAAUAUGAUGAAUAUAAAGCAAAUGUACUAUUGAAAGAAGAUAAUUCUCUUAAUGUUCUACAACCAUUAAUUAAUGAAUCAGAGCAAUCAUUUAAGCUAGAUAAACCUGUUCAUAAGCAAGCUUCUGAAGUACAAACAUUACAUAAUGUCAUUUCAGUUACAGAUAAUUUAACAAUCGAAAAAGAACUGUAUUUUGAUACACUUGAAAAGCCAUCCAACCAAAACGCAAUAAUUAAUUUUGUAGAUAAUGUUAAUAUAUCUAUUUUAGAAAUAAAUGCUGAUGAAAAGGAGAGUAAAUUAAUAACAUCUAACCAAAUAACCAAAAAUGCAAAUAUUUCUAAUAUUAUUUCAUAUCCAGUUGCUGAUAAAACUGAAGUUAUAGCUGCAAUUGAAACAGCAAAUAUGCAUUAUGAAUCCCCUAUAGAAACUGUUCUCGCUAACGAAACACAAUUAAUGUUUGAAGGUAUUAUUCAAUCUGAAUUAAACGUAAUUGAAUCAGAAAACGUAUUUCAGCCAAUAUUCAAAAAAGAGCAAAAAGCGAGAAUCAUCAAAGAUAAUUUUGAAAACAUUAUAAGUACUGAACAAGUUGUUUCUGAAAAAGAAGGAAUCUUAAAAGAUAUUAAACUUCCAAAAGAAAAACAAGCAAAAUUAAUAAUUGAAGACACAUCUUCUAGUAUUUUUGUUACCAAUAUAGAAAGUAAUGAAAAAGAAUCGGAGAUGGAAUCAAAAUCAAAAAUUAAAACUUCAAAAGCAUGUAUAAAAACAAAAAACAAUGAAGCUAUAAUACUUGAAGAAACAGAAAUAAAUGAAAAUUUAGGAAAAUUAAAAUUAUAUCUUCCUGAAAAUCAGAAUGCUUUUGUUACAGUUGGAGAUGAACAAUCUAGUAUUAUCAUUUCUAGUAUUAAUUCUGAAUGGAAAGAAGAUGAUUUAUUAAUUAAACAUCAACAACUGUUAAAAGCAAAUGUACAAAUGGACAAUUUGGAAGUUGUAACAAUUAGUGAACAAGUUAUUUCUGAAAAAGAAGAUACUUUCAAUGAAGAUUUUAAACCUAAUUCAUCUAUUGCAUCAAUAUUGUAUGAAACACCAAAUAAGAGUGCUGAAGUAAUUGAAGUAACAUGUAUAGAUAGAGAAAAGAUGUUCGCUAGUAAACCAUUAAGAAAAAAAUCUGCCACUUCAUCACUCACCGAUGAAAAAAAUUAUUUACAAGUAUCUGAAGAAAUACUAUUAAUAAAUGUUGGAAAACUAAAAUUAGAUAGAACCACAAACAAAAAAAUUGAUGUCAAGUUCGACGAACUAAAACCUCUGAUGGUUGAAGAACUUAUAGCAACGGAAAACGAAAAUCCUAUAAUACAAGAAAAAAAUCCUAACCAACAAAAUAUAAAUCAAAGUUUAAUAGAGUUCCAAUCUAUUGAACAAAAGGAAAUCUUUUCAGAAAUGCAACCAAUAACUUUUAACUUAAAAAUUCCACUGAAAGAAAAAGCCAAAUUAUGUAUACCAGCUAAUUUGCAAUGGAUAAAUGUUAAAGAAGAUUGUGUUAUCGAUACAGUUAUUGGUAUAAAACCAGAACACAAAUUAGAAAAGCGGGCUUCCGUUUCUUAUACCGAAACAGACAAUGAUCAUUUUAUUGAUGACAAUAAUAAAGAAGAAUCUGUAACUGACACAGUAACUAUCGAAGAGGUUGAAAGCGAGAAACCAAUUGAUGAAAUACCGUCCGAAAUAGUAGAUGUAAAAUUGAAACCUAAACGUAAACCUUCGCUGAAGAAGAAUGACGAAAAGCAACUAGAAGACUCUACAGUGGUCGUAAAACGUCCAAAAAAGAAAAAGUCGAUAACAUCAGAUGUAGAAGUAACUGAUGAUACUGUUGUCAUAACAGAGAAAAAGAUUGAAAAACCAAAUACGGUUGAAGACGUAACAGAAAUAAGCGUUAUAGCCGUUAAACCAAAACGGAAACCAUCGAUUAAAGAAGAAUCUGUAACUGACACAGUAACUAUCGAAGAGGUUGAAAGCGAGAAACCAAUUGAUGAAAUACCGUCCGAAAUAGUAGAUGUAAUAUUGAAACCUAAACGUAAACCUUCGCUGAAGAAGAAUGACGAAAAGCAACUAGAAGACUCUACAGUGGUCGUAAAACGUCCAAAAAAGAAAAAGUCGAUAACAUCAGAUGUAGAAGAAACCGAUGAUACUGUUGUCAUAGCAGAGAAAAAGAUUGAAAAACCAAAUACGGUUGAAGACGUAACAGAAAUAAGCGUUAUAACCGUUAAACCAAAACGGAAACCAUCGAUUAAAGAAGAAUCUGUAACUGACACAGUAACUAUCGAAGAGGUUGAAAGCGAGAAACCAAUUGAUGAAAUACCGUCCGAAAUAGUAGAUGUAAUAUUGAAACCUAAACGUAAACCUUCGCUGAAGAAGAAUGACGAAAAGCAACUAGAAGACUCUACAGUGGUCGUAAAACGUCCAAAAAAGAAAAAGUCGAUAACAUCAGAUGUAGAAGAAACCGAUGAUACUGUUGUCAUAGCAGAGAAAAAGAUUGAAAAACCAAAUACGGUUGAAGACGUAACAGAAAUAAGCGUUAUAACCGUUAAACCAAAACGGAAACCAUCGAUUAAAGAAGAAUCUGUAACUGACACAGUAACUAUCGAAGAGGUUGAAAGCGAGAAACCAAUUGAUGAAAUACCGUCCGAAAUAGUAGAUGUAAUAUUGAAACCUAAACGUAAACCUUCGCUGAAGAAGAAUGACGAAAAGCAACUAGAAGACUCUACAGUGGUCGUAAAACGUCCAAAAAAGAAAAAGUCGAUAACAUCAGAUGUAGAAGAAACCGAUGAUACUGUUGUCAUAGCAGAGAAAAAGAUUGAAAAACCAAAUACGGUUGAAGACGUAACAGAAAUAAGCGUUAUAACCGUUAAACCAAAACGGAAACCAUCGAUUAAAGAAGAAUCUGUAACUGACACAGUAACUAUCGAAGAGGUUGAAAGCGAGAAACCAAUUGAUGAAAUACCGUCCGAAAUAGUAGAUGUAAUAUUGAAACCUAAACGGAAACCAUCGAUUAAAGAAGAAUCUGUAACUGACACAGUAACUAUCGAAGAGGUUGAAAGCGAGAAACCAAUUGAUGAAAUACCGUCCGAAAUAGUAGAUGUAAAAUUGAAACCUAAACGUAAACCUUCGCUGAAGAAGAAUGACGAAAAGCAACUAGAAGACUCUACAGUGGUCGUAAAACGUCCAAAAAAGAAAAAGUCAAUAACAUCAGAUGUAGAAGAAACCGAUGAUACUGUUGUCAUAACAGAGAAAAAGAUUGAAAAACCAAAUACGGUUGAAGACGUAACAGAAAUAAGCGAUAUAACCGUUAAACCAAAAAGGAAACCAUCGAUUAAAGAAGAAUCUGUAACUGACACAGUAACUAUCGAAGAGGUUGAAAGCGAGAAACCAAUUGAUGAAAUACCGUCCGAAAUAGUAGAUGUAAAAUUGAAACCUAGAGUUUGUCCUUCAUUAAGAACUUUGUCACAUGUGCCCGAAGAUGAUAUUGUAUCUGUUACCUUUAUACCGAAAUCGUCGAAACAAAUUGAAAAUAUUGAACAAGAAUUUAGUAUUAAAUCUGAUAUAUACGAAGAGGAAAAUAUUUCUAUGACUGGCAAUGUUAAGUUGCCUAAAAAGAAGUUAUCUGUUACUUCAUCAUCCUCUGACCAUUUUGAGUGUCUGGAUGUUACAUUAUCUGAUUGUAAGGAUUUGGAUUUGAUUGAGUUUAAUAUUAGAGGCAAAAAAAGGGGAAGUUAUGAUAUUGUUGAAGGUUCUGAAGAACUUUUUAAUAUUGACUUAAUGAACUCAAAGAAUGUUGAUGACAAUGUCAUAAUUUACGAAGAAGAAUCAUUAGACGUUAAAUUAAAACGUAAUCCAUCUAUCAAACCAUUUUUCCAGGAUUCUGCUGAGCUGAAGAUUCUUCAAGAAAUUGAUAUAUCAUAUAAUGAGGAUCAAUUUACUAAUACUGAUAUGUGUGAUGGUGAAAUUAUGUUUGCAAUACGUUUCUAUAUUGCUGAAAAUGACGAUGCUUUAGAUUUAGUAGAAGGGGAAAAAGUUCACGUAAUAGAUAGUAAAAAUAAAGACUGGUGGCUUGUAAAAAAACAUUUAACUGAAGAAAAAGGUUGGGUUCCAUCAAUAUAUCUCAGAGAUGAAACUAGUUACACUCAAUACGUACAAAAAAAAUUACAUGAAAAGAUUGAUAAAUUACCUAUUUUUCAAAAACCCUCAUCAAAUGAAAAAACGUCAGCUCCUCGUUUUAUCGAAAAACUACAACCGAAAAAUAUACCAGACGGUGGUACAGUGCAAUUUGAAUGUCAUGUAGAAGGAAUUCCAAGGCCUCAAAUUACAUGGUUUAGACAAACGGCUAUUAUAAAACCUUCUCAAGAUUUUCAAAUAUUUUAUGACGAAGAUAAUGUAGCGACAUUAAUUAUUAGAGAAGUUUUUCCAGAGGAUGCAGGGACAUUCACUUGUGUUGCUAAAAAUAUAGCUGGAUUUGCUUCUAGUACAACUGAAUUAACAGUUGAAGCACCAUUAUCUGAUCGUGGGUCUGAUAUAACUGGAAUUUCUAGAAAAAGCAUGUCUAGGGAGUCUUCUCUAGCUGAUAUACUUGAAGGUAUCCCGCCAACGUUUUCGCGAAAACCGAAAGCUACAUGUGUAGUUGAAUAUUCAGAUGUGCUUUUGGAAUGUCGAUUAGUUGCAGUUCCUGAACCUGAUAUAUUUUGGCAUUACAAUGGCAAAGAGAUAUUUAGUAUGGGUUCAGUCAAAGUCGAAACUUAUUCUGACAUGCACUUUUAUGUUAGCUCAGUAAAAAUAACAGAUGUUAAGAAACAACAGGAAGGUAUUUAUUCGGUAGUAGCUAAAAAUAGAGAAGGAGAAGCAAAAAUGGAUUUAGUGUUAAAAGUAAAAACUGGCCAUCCUGAAAAACCUCAAAUACUAGAACCAUUGUAUGAUAUUACAAUUAAUGAAGGGGAAACUGCAAUAUUAAGUACUCAAAUCAGUGGAGAACCUCAGCCUAUGAUUGAAUGGCAAAAAAAUAAUAAAAAAAUAUCUAACAUUAAAACAAUUGUCUCUAAAGAUGGUGUUCAUACUUUACAAAUAAAUAAACCGACAUCUUGUGACUCUGCUAGAUAUACUGUCAUUGCUUCUAAUGAAUUGGGUACUGUGCAAACAACGUGUUCUCUUAUUGUAGAAGUACUUCCUGGUCCACAAGCACCUUUAUUUGUUGAAAGAUUCCAAGAGCAAACUGUAAAAGAAAAUGGAACUAUAACUUUGAUUGCAAGGGUUACUGGUAAUCCAGUUCCAACUGUUUUAUGGUUUAGAAACAACAAACCAUUAUUAGCUUCACCUAAAAAAAAAGAAGUAUUUGAUGGUGAAAACAUUGUUUUGGAAAUAUUGAAUGCGGAUAGUGAAGACGAUGCAGGUGACUACAAAUGUGUUGCAUCUAAUACGCUGGGAAUUACCACACAUGGUGCAAGAGUUUCAGUAGAUGUUCCGUUGGUAACUUUCACUCGACCUCUCAAAGAUAUAAUAGAAGUUGAUGAGAAACAGCCAAUAUAUUUAGAAUGUGAAACGUCCCAUACAGUAACUACCAAAUGGUUGUUUAAUGACAAAGAACUUACUGGAAUGGAUCACAGAGAACUUCAUCAAGAUGGACGAGUUCAUCGUUUGAUUAUUAAGAAAUCAAAUGUUCUGGAUAUCGGAAAGUAUUCGUGUAUUGUCAAAAACCAUACUACAUCCUGUACAGUAGUUGUUCAUGAUAUAAAAGCUGAAUUUAUAAAGAAACUAGAAGAUAUUGAAGUAAAAGAAAAUGAUUGUGCUAUAAUGGAAGUGGAAGUAACAUCAGAAACAGUUGAUGUUACCUGGCAUAAGGAUGGAGAAAUGCUUACUGAUGGCUUGAAAAAUAAGAUAUUUAUUGAAAAAGAUGGUCAAAUACGAAAGCUUAUUAUACGAAGCAUCUCUGUGCAUGAUGAUGGUGAAUAUACUUGUUCUUUAGGAGAUCAAGAAUGUACUGCAGAAGUAAAUGUCAUAGAAUUAGCACCACAAAUAAUAACUAAAUUAAAAGAUCAAAAAGUUGCUUUUGGAGAACAAGUGUUGUUUGAUAUUGAACUAACGAAAGGAGACGCUUUGGUAAAAUGGAUGAAAGACGGUAAAGAAUUACAACUUAGCAAUAAUGUGAGAUUGACUAUUGAUGGAAAACGUCAAAAACUCGAAAUUGUAAAAGCAUCAAAAAAUGAUUCUGGUGUUUAUAGUUGUCAAGUCCAUGAGCAAGAAUGCAAAGCUACUCUUACUAUUGAAGAACCAAAAGCUAAAUUUACUAAAAAAUUACCUGAAGUAACACUUGCAAUUAAUGAUACAAAUGUCAAAUUACUUGUAGAAGUUUCCCAGAUAAAUAUUCCAGUUAAAUGGUUCAGAUCAGGAAAAUUAAUCAAGGAGUCCAAAAAAUAUAACAUUAUAUCUGAAGGAAAGACUCAUACUCUUAUUAUAAAAAAUGUUUUACGUGAAGAUGAGUCUGAAUAUUCAUGUACUGCUACAAAUGUUAAAACAUCUACAAAGUUAAAAGUUGAAGUUAAAGAAGAUCCACCUAAAAUUAUUAGAAUUGAAAAAGAAUACAGAUUGAAGAAGAAUGAUGAAUUAAAUGUUACUUUAACUUUUACUUCAUUAACACCAGUAUCAGUAGAAUGGCUCAUUAACGGAUCAUUGAUAAAAAAAUCAGAUCGAGUAUCUUAUUCGUUAUUUGAAUCAUCAGCUAAUCUUACCAUUAAAAACAUAAUUUCAUCUGAUACUGGCAUUUUAACUGUAAAAUUAAAAAAUAACUAUGGUGAAGUCAUGGAAACUUUAAGAAUCAUAUUAAUUGAAGUUCCUGGAGAACCUGAAGUACCAGAAGUUAUCGAGACUACAGAUACCUCGGUAACAUUACAUUGGAAACCACCAAAGUAUGAUGGUAAUUCACAAAUUGAAAAUUAUAUUAUUGAGUAUCAUGAUAAAGAAGAGUUUAUGAUGUGGCAUAAAAUACAAGUAACUGAUACCACACACCAAAUUUCUAAUCUACCAAGUGGACAUGAAAUUAUGUUCAAAGUAGCAGCUAAAAAUUGUGCUGGUGUUGGACCUUCUUCUCAUAACACUAAAUACGUGAAAAUUAUUAGUAUAGGUUCAUUUUAUCCACCCAUUGUUCAAGAACCUCUCUCAGAUUUAUCUGUCAGUCUAGGAAAAACUGCUACAAUUCAAUGUGUGAUAUCUGGUCAACCUACCCCUGAAAUUAAAUGGCUUAAAAAUGGCACUAUAUAUAAAUCUAAGACUUCUACAUUUGAUAACCAUGUAGUUAAGUUAAUAAUUAGUGAAUGCUCUGAAUCGUCUGUGGGUACAUAUACAUGUCAAGCAAUAAAUAGUGCUGGCACUGUAGAAACAUCAUGUAAAUUAAUUGUACAAGAUGUACCAAAAAUCGAAGUAGCUGAAUCAGAAACCUCGCAAAUCAUAAGAGUUCUAAGUCAGUGGAAAGUUAUUGCAAAAUAUAAUGGGUAUCCAAAACCUAAUAUCAUUUGGCAUAAAAAUGGCCAACCUCUUGAAGUUAGUAAACACGUUAGUGUAUAUGAUGAUCAAGAUAAUUGGUCAACAACAAUAGCUAUAUAUUCAGUGGACAGGUCAGAUAGUGGCAUAUACACAAUAAUUGCAUCCAAUUCAGCAGGUUCAGCUACCUGUAAUUUGAACUUAAAAGUUAUUGAAACACUUAAUGAUGGUAAAGAUAAACCAAGUGCACCACGAGGGCCAAUGAAUAUUAAAGAAAUUAACUCAGAGUCAGUAACUAUUGCUUGGGAUGAACCAGUUGAUGAUGGUGGUUUAGAUAUAACAUUGUAUCAAAUUGAACGAUGCAAUGUUGGUAAGAUGAUAUGGUCUAAGGUGGCAGAUGUUGGUCGUGAAGUAUCAGCCUAUAGUGUUCAAAAACUACAUGAAGAUUCUGAGUAUAUGUUUAGAGUGAGUGCUCAAAAUGCUAUUGGAAUGUCUGACUUUUUAGAAAGCGAUCCUGUUACUGUUAAAUGCAGAUACCACAAACCAUCAGCACCACAAGGACCAUUACAAAUAACUGGUGUCACUGAUACAUCAUUGACAAUCGCCUGGUUACCACCGUUUGAUAAUGGAGGAAUUGAAAUUGAAGACUACUGUGUUGAAAUAAAAGAAAUAGAUAAAAAAGCUUGGCAAAAAAUUGAAUCUAAUAAAGAUUUGCGUGUAAAAAUAAACGAUCUGAAGAAAGGUUCUUCUUAUAAUAUCAGAAUUACAGCUAGAAAUCAUGUAGGUUAUGGUAAGCCUUACAUUCCUGAAGAACCUAUUGUAGCUGGAAAUCGCAUAAGCUUUAGAAAUGGUAUUUCUGAUCAAACCCUUUAUGUACUUAUGGGUAUAUUCCCUGCUAAAUCUAAAGUAUCAGCUUCUCCAUCACCCCCUACUAAUUUCACUGUGACUGAAAUAGCAAGUAAAAGUGUGGCUUUAUGUUGGGGACCUCCUGAAAAUAAUGGUGGUUCAGAAAUAACAGGCUAUGUCAUUGAAAAACAACUUAAUGGAACAAAUCAGUGGUUUAAAGUAGCCACACUUGACCUAUUGGCCUCACAUUAUUGUGUUGAAAACUUAAAAGAUAAAUCAGAAUAUUUCUUCAAAAUUUAUGCAGAAAAUUCCGUAGGACUUAGUGAUCCAGUUAAAUCAAAACUAAUUAGUUUGUUGACUCAUGCAACUGUGCCAUCACCUCCAACUGCCCCGUUAGAAGUACGUAACAUUAGUGCUAACACAAUAAUUGUUGAAUGGGGUGUACCAGAAACUGAUGGUGGUGCACCACUAAAAGGAUAUAACAUAGCAAUCCGUGAUGAAAAGAAAACUAUGUGGAUAGAAGUCGGUAGAGUCAAUGCUGAUAUACAAAAAUUUAACAUUAAAGAUUUACAAGAACAUCAUAAGUAUAAUAUAAGAAUAUUUGCUAAAAACGAAGUAGGUCUUAGUGAUCCAUUGGAAACUGAAGAACCAUAUAGUGUACAAAAACCAACAGAUUACUAUGAGUCAGAUGUUGAAGAAUCAGUUAUGGAUACUAAACCAUCGAUUACUCAAACAUCAGACACAACAACAUCGUGGCUAAGAGAAGCCAACAUGGAAGCGGAUAUCACUUCCUAUACAAACAUGUCCUUACUGAAAAGAAAUGAAUACUUCUUCAAAGUUUGGUACUAUGCUAAACAGCUGUUCAAAUAAUGUCUAGAGACUCUGAAAAUUGUCAUAUAACAUCUUUGUGAAUUAUAUUACUUUAAUUUUAUAUAAAUUAUGAAAGAGCGUAUAAACGUUUUAUUUUGUCGUUCCCCUAGGCAAAAUAAAAAUUUUCCCAUUUCAUAACUUUUCUUAAGUUUUAAUGUGAUAAACCUGAUAACAUUGUUAUAAUUCUUAGGAAUUCCCCUCCGCUUUAUUUAGGACUUGAUUUCAUUAUUAUGAUAAUGCUAUGUUUGAUCAAUUAAUUUGUGGUAAUUCUUAAAAAUUAUAGUUUAGUUUUAGUAACAGUUUGUUAUUAUACUCUUUUUUCAUUUGAUUAAUAAAAUAGCAUAAUAUGAUAAAUUUUUUGUUAUUAAAAAUCACAUGUUAUAUAAAAGUGUUAAGAUUUUAAUUGUUUUAAAUAAAUAUAUAUGUAUAUUUUUAUAAAAUA